AUGUCUCCCUGUAUGACCACACGUCAGGCGCUGCUCCCGCACCUCCCUGCUACUGCUGACAGUACUGCUCGCUCCCAGUGGCAGACCCGUGAUGCUCACGCCCGCCUAGCCGUUCGCAGCCACCUGCCGUUAGAUGAGCGCGAGCACUUCGGCCAGCAUAAGACCGCUAAGGAGCUGUACGACGCAGUAGUCGCGCGCUACUCCUCCCCUGCCACUGCUGCUAUAGGCCGUCUCUCACUGCCCUACCUCUUCCCCGACCUGUCCGCCUUUGCCACUGUAGCUGACCUCAUCACCCACCUCCGUACCAGUGACCUCCGCUACCGUGCCGCGCUCCCCCCAGAUUUCCUCGCCAAGAACCCCCCCCCGAUGUACCUCACACUGUACCACCUUGUCACCCGCCUCCCUGACUCCCUUCGCACAGUCAGGGACCAGUUUCUCGCCCUCUCCCCCACUGACCUCACUGUCGACCUCCUCGAGAAGGAACUCCUAGCAGCUGAGAAGAGCAUUGUAGCUGUAGGUGCCUCUCGUGGUGACCCCCGCACCCCCUUCUUUGAGGGGUGCUCCCCCUCCCCCCUCCUCCCCUCCAUUGCAUCUGCUGCUGCUGUCGACUUCCUCGGAGCUGAGGGGGUCGGGGCCGCGUCUGCUCCUAGUGGGAGGCGCAAGGGCGGCAGGGGCAAGGGGGGCAGGGGUGGUGGAGGUGGAGGCGGGGGCGGCGGCGGUGGAGGGGGUGGGGGGGGCGGGGGUGGUGGCGGAGGUGGGAGUGGCGCGGGUGGUGGGGGGGUCACUGGCGGCACAGGGGGCAGUGGCGGCGGAGGUGGUGGGGGUGGUGGGGGCGGUGGUGGCAGUGGUGGCGGCGGUGGAGCGGGUGGCGGGCGCGGUGGAGCGGUGCAACGUGGGGGGUUCGGCGGUGGCCAGAGGAAGCAGCAGCAGCGUCCCGGCGAGACUCCCUCGCCCCAGCAGCUCCGUGAGUGGUACUCUCAGCGUGGGGGGUCUGGGGGUGGAGGUACCUGCCCGUACGUCAUCCACACAGGUGACCGCACUGGCCAGACUUGUGGGAAGUUUCACACGGCGCAGCGCUGUUUCUUUCGCCUCGAUGACGCCUGGCGCGAGCAGUUCCCAGACGCCUCUGAGCUGCCCCGCUGGGCUGAUCUGCUUAAGAAGGGAAUUGAUAUCUUUGCUCUUGAUUAUGAUGCUAUCCUUGCUGCUAUAUAUGCAUUGACUAUUAGUGUUGAGGGUGACUGUUACCUGAGUGUACCGCCUGACCCAGGUAUUGGGACCGGUGAGGCUGCAGCUCUAGGUGCUAGUGCGUCUGCUGCUCCAGGUCCUGGUGAGGCUGCUGCUCUAGGUGCUAGUGCGUCUGCGUCUGCUGGUACCGCACCUACUGAGGCACUGCACACCUUCACACUGGACUCAGGUGCUUCCCACUGUUUCUUUCGCGACCGCACUACCCUAGAGCAGCUCCCUAGACCGGUUGCUGUCUCCCUGGCUGACCCCUCAGGGGGUCCGGUCCUUGCGACCUCCACCACUGCCCUCCCUUGUCCUGCUGUCCCGUCUGGCACGUUGUCGGGCCUCUACCUCCCCUCGUUCUCUACGAACUUGGUGGCGGGUUCCGCGCUCCAGGACGCGGGUUUUCACCAGUUCACCCCGGCCUACGAGCGUGUGACGCACUGCACGUGUGCCCGGACGGGUCGUCACCUGGCUACCUUCACUCGGCAGCCGGAGUCGGACUUGUACACACUAACCACUGAGUCCCCUCAGGUAGCUGCGUCUGCGUCUGCGUCAGGUCAGCUGUCGGCCCCCUGCUCGUGUCGCUCCCUGUCGCACAGGACUGUCCUCUGGCACCACCGCCUUGGUCACCCGUCAGUGCAGCGCCUUCGCGGCAUGCACUCCAGGUACCUUGUCUCUGGUCUUCCCAGAGUUCUCCCUCCCCUACCACCCUCGCUUGCUCCUCCCUGUCUUCCCUGUGUCGAGGGGCGGCAGCGCGCCGCUCCUCACUCCUCCUCGUUCCCUCCCACAGAGGCUCCCCUGCAGACUCUCCACCUGGACGUGUGGGGCCCCGCCCGCGUCCGGGGACAGGGCCACGAGCGGUACUUUCUGCUGGUCGUCGACGACUACACGCGCUACACCACGGUCUUCCCCUUGCGUACCAAGGGUGAGGUCCCUGAUGUCUUGAUCCCCUGGAUCCGCGCUGCUCGUCUCCAGCACCGCCAGCGGUUCCAGUCGGACUUUCCUGUUCUACGUCUGCACUCUGACAGAGGUGGCGAGUUUUCCUCUGACCUCCUGGCAGCCUACUGUGCGGAGCACGGCAUCCGCCAGACGUUCACUCUCCCGGCCUCUCCGCAGCAGAAUGGGGUUGCUGAGCGCCGCAUUGGUCUUGUCAUGGAGGUCGCUCGUACCUCCAUGAUCCAUGCGGCUACCCCCCAUUUCCUGUGGCCGUUUGCAGUGCAGUACGCCGCGCAUCAGCUCAACCUCUGGCCCCGUGUCUCUGUUCCGGAGACCUCGCCUACCCUGCGUUGGACGGGGGAGGUUGGCGACGCGUCGGUGUUCCGAGUCUGGGGAUGUCGAGCCUUUGUCCGCGAUACGUCCGCGGACAAACUCUCCUCCCGUGCGGUUCCCUGUGUCUUCCUUGGCUUUGUCCCUGACGCGCCUGGCUGGCGGUUUUACCACCCCACCUCGCGCCGUGUCUUCGCCUCUCAGGACGUCACCUUCGACGAGUCGGUACCCUUUUACCGUCUCUUCCCCUACCGCACUGCCCCGCUCCCCCCCUCGCCGCUCUUCCUCACCCCAGGUGUCCCGUCGGUAGACCCCCUCCCUCCCCAGGGUGCUGCUCCCUCAGGUGUUUCCCAGGUAGACCCGGUCGAGCCCGUCGAGGUAGCUGUUGACUCUGGUCCUGCGCGAGGUACUGAGUGUGCUGAGCCUGGUGGUGCUGGGUCUGGGGGCACUGAGACUGGGGGUGCUGAGCCUGGGGGUGCGGAGACUGGGGGUGCUGAGCCUGGGGGUGCGGAGACUUUGGGUGCUGAGCCUGGAGGUGCUGCGACUGGGGGUGCUGAGCCUGGGGGUGCUGUGAUUGGGGGUGCUGAGACUGGGGGUGCUGAGCCUGGUGGCGCUCCCUCUUCACAGCAGCUGCGUGAGUGGUACUCUCAGCGCUACAGCCUCCGUCGUGGGGCUACUGGAGCUGGGGGGUCUGCUGGAGUCGGGGCUGGUGGCCUCGCAGGUGCAGUGCCGCAGCCAGAGCCUCCCUCCCCUCAGCGGCUACGUGAGUGGUACGCUCGGCGCUGCAGCCUCAGGAGUGGAGCUCCUCGCGUUGAGGUACCGCCAGCUGGAGGCCCUGCUGCUGGAGGUACUACUGACAAUGGUGCUACUGGAGGUGCUGCUGGUGCUACUGGAGGUCCUGGAGGUACUGCUGGUGCUGCUGGAGGUUCUGGAGCUGCUGGAGGUGCUGCCGGUGCUGGUGGAGGCUCUGGAGCUGUUGGAGGUGCUGCUGGUGCUGGUUCGGCUGGAGGUUCUGGUGCUGUCUGUGCUGCUUCUGGGGGCACUUCACGGCCGCGGCCGUACUUCGUUCCGCUCCUUCAGCAGGUUCUUGGUCAGCCGCCUCCUCCUAGUCCUCCUCCCUCCUUAGAGUGUCCUCCGCCUGUCCAGUCGCAGUCCCAGCUCCCGCCUACCUCGCCACUUCCUGGUCCUUCUCCCUACACUGGUCCGACAGGUGGUCUUACAGAGCGUCGUGAGCCUGAGUCUCGUCGUGUGUCGCCUGUGUCGCGUCCUGUGUCACCUGUUCGUGCUGCUCGCACUGGUCGCCGUGGUCAGCGUGAGCGUCCUCCACCUGUGCCUGGCACACACUUUAUGACUCUGCGUCCUUCCACUGCUCCGCAGCGUGUCCCUCUGCCGUCUCCUCCUGAGUCCUCUCUUCCUGUCCUUGCUGACCUGGAGUCUGACUCUCUUCGUGCUGCCAGUCCUACUGUCACGCGUCUCCUGGCCACUGCUGUCACUGACCCUUCCUUUGAGUCUGCUGCUGCGUCUGCCCUAGUUGCUGAACUUGUCGACUUUGCUGCUCGCUGUCGUCUAGACUACGCCACUAGUCUUGUUGCUGAGUCUGAGUCUGUCUGUCCUCCGUCCGUCGGGGGUGAGUGUGCUCUAGGCACGGACGUCCUUGAGGACAGGCAGGAGGACCUUGAGUGUCUUGCAGCCGCUGCGCCUCAUCUCGUGUCCAUGCUGAUUGCCCCUGAGGGAGACCCGGAUGCUCCAGACAUCCCGACCCCGCGCUCUUACGCUGAGGCGAUCGCGGGUGAGUACUCCUCUCAGUGGCAGUCAGCCAUGGACGCAGAGAUGGCAUCUUGGAAGUCCACUGGUACUUACGUCGACGAGAUUCCCCCUCCUGGGGCGAACAUCGUCAGUGGCAUGUGGAUUUUCAGGGUGAAGCGGCCGCCGGGUUCUCCGCCUGUCUUCAAGGCUCGUUACGUUGCUCGAGGCUUCACCCGGGCGUGA